ACGUGCUUCGAAGAGCACGUGGGACUGUGAGUGAUCUUCGUCUGUCAGGUGUUCAGGUACAACUACAUACCGAACGGUCGGUCGCUACUGGUGCCCGUGUGGAGGGCACGUAAACACAAUACGCAGCAGAUUCUACCGCAUGGACAUGUUCUCUCAUUUCAAAUGUGAGGCAGUGUGUAGCUUCUGAGUCAUUUUGGACGUAUGUUUCUAUAAAAUGCAUGAGUAUAUCAGCAAAUUCCGAAGCUGUUAGUCCACCUUCACUCUCGUGACAAAGGAGGUACUGCAAUGGCAGCGAGAAACUCUAAGGACGGCAGUUUCGCGAGUGACAUGUGCGCUCUGCUAACCUCUCGCGAGGGUGCGGACGUGACUCUGGUGGUCGGCGCCUCGCAGCUGCCGGCGCACAGUCUCGUAUUAGCAGCGAGGAGCCCGGUAUUUGCCGCCAUGUUGCGGAUCGACACGAAAGAAGCCGGCAGCCGCCAAAUUGAGAUAACCGACGUGCGGGAAGAUGUGUUGUGGCAGUUGCUGUGUUUCGUGUAUACCGACACAGUUCCGAAACUGGGAAGAAUGGCAGCGGAACUGUUACGUGCUGCCGAUAAGUACGACCUGCCGUUGCUCAAAAAGAGGUGUGAGGAGCAACUGGCGCUGGACCUGAGUGUGGACAACGCCGCCGCCACCUCACUCCUCGCCGUGCUGCACUCGUGUCCGGUGCUCAGAAGUGCCACCGUGGACUUCAUAGUGAGGCACCCUGAGGUGAUGACCUCUGACGGCUGGAUAAAAGUGCUGCGGAACAAUGCAGAUGCUGCAGCUCAAAUUUGCAGUCUCGUGGCGGCAGCAACACCAAAAAACAGGACUUCAUCUGUGGAGCAGACAGAGGACUUGAGCGAGUGGCUGACAGUGGCAGCCAGAACGGGUGAUGUGGGUGAACUGCGGCGGCUGCUGGCCGCAGGAGCACCCGUUGACGCGAGGGACGGCACUGGGUGCACCGCCCUGCACCUGGCAGCGAUGGACGCGAAUCCGGAGACUGUCAAGUGUCUGCUGAGUGCGGGGGCUGACAUCAAUGCGAAGGACUCGAGUCUGCAGACGCCUCUGCACUCGGCCGCGUACCGGGGUAACUUGAAAGCAAUGUGGGUGCUGCUGACGUCCUCGGCACAACUAGACGUUCGGGACCGUUGGGGGAAAACACCGCUGCACUGGGCUGCUGCCACGAAGCAGGUAGAAGCAGUAAGGGCUCUGUUGCUCGCCGGAGCGAGCAAGAAGGUGAAGGAUGACGAAGACAUUACACCUGCGGACACUGCUACCUCGUCCACUAGAGAGCUGUUCAGGAUGUACUAAAUGUGACAUAACUAAGCCCUCUACUUCUGUACCUCUCGAAUGUUACAAUAAAUGUGUAAUUUAUUUCUGGUUUUUCCUGUAAUAAAAUAUUUCGCAGAA